UGGCGAGGCGCGGCGGGGGCGGGCUCGCGCAUGCUCUUAAGUGGCAGCGGCGGGGACGGGGUCAGUGCCAAGAUGUCGACGGCGGCGGUUCCGGAGCUGAAGCAGAUCAGCCGGGUGGAGGCGAUGCGCCUAGGGCCGGGCUGGAGCCACUCGUGCCACGCCAUGCUGUACGCCGCCAACCCUGGGCAGCUCUUCGGCCGCAUCCCCAUGCGCUUCUCGGUGCUGAUGCAGAUGCGUUUCGAUGGGCUGCUGGGCUUCCCCGGGGGCUUCGUGGACCGGCGCUUCUGGUCGCUGGAGGACGGCCUGAACCGGGUGCUGGGCCUGGGCCUGGGCUGCCUGCGCCUCACCGAGGCCGACUACCUGAGCUCGCACCUGACCGAGGGCCCACACCGCGUCGUGGCGCACCUGUACGCGCGGCAGCUGACGCUGGAGCAGCUGCACGCCGUGGAGAUCAGCGCGGUGCACUCGCGCGACCACGGCCUGGAGGUGGGGCCGCCGCCCGGGCCCCGCCCCCCGCCCCGGGGUUUGGCUCUGGCCCCGUGGAAGGCACCGAUGGGUGCUGGGCCUCGUGCGGGUCCCGCUGUACACCCAGAAGGACCGAGUCGGAGGCUUCCCCAACUUCCUGAGCAACGCCUUCGUGAGCACGGCUAAGUGCCAGCUCCUCUUUGCUCUCAAGGUGCUCAACAUGAUGCCCGAGGAGAAGCUGGUUGAGGCCUUGGCUGCGGCCACCGAGAAGCAGAAGAAGGCCCUGGAGAAGUUGCUCCCGGCCUCCUCCUGAGGGCUGCCUGAGCUGGUGGCACCCUCCCCUGGGUCGGAAGACUGGGAAUUCCUGCUAAGUGUGGCUUCUAGAGUGUGUGUGUGUGUGUGCACCCCGCUUCUGACUGCCUAGGGCGAGUGGGCAUCCUGUCAUCUCCACUGUCCCAAGCAGUCACUAGGUGGCAGCUGGGCCAGCUGGGACCCAAGCCCAUCCUCUCAGGCAGAGCAGGGUGGUCCGGGCACACUGGGCCUGCCUCUCCAGCCUCAGGAUGCUCUGUGUGCAUCUCAUCACGGCUGGUGGAGGCCCAGGAGUGCCUGAUUGUCCCACAGGGGUGGCACACAGCUCUGGGACCACUCAGAAGAUGGGAUGUGUGGGUGGAGGAGGCCUUGUCCAGGUCAGCUCAUUCCUGCCUCCUUCCUGGGGGAGAGCCAGCUUGGGGGAAGAAGUUAAUACUGUUAAUUUGGGUUGUUGGUGGAUUUACUUUGCUAGAUUUUCUCUUUCACCACGUGUGAACUGUGGGUGAGGUUUCAAAGUAGCUUCACCCCACGUGGCUUGGUUCCCAGGGACAGUCAGGGCCUCGGGGGCCCAGCUAUGUACAACGAAGCUGUCCAAGGAGAAGACAAUAAAGUCGCUCCUCAGCUGC